AUGCGCAAAUUAUGCAGUCGGGCUUAUACUCGUUUACUUCAAAUUUAUGCCCAUUUACCUGAAAAUCAUGUGAGAGCUGCUCGCUUUGAAUUUUUUGAUAAUAAAAGUGCAGAAAAUGCUCGAACAUUAAUUUUGAUGGGUUUGAGGAAAUUUCCACAAUAUGUUCCUCUUUGGGUGACACAUUUUGAAAUUGAAUUACGUUAUGUGGCAAGAUUACUUGAACGACGAGAAUUUUUAAUGAAAACGGACGAUCGUAGCAACCAUCUACAUUCUAAAAAUAAUGAAGAGAUUAAAAAAUCAUUUGAUCCUAUCAAUACUGGAGAUGAUGAAUUUUUAAAAUUGAGUCUUGCAAAAGUUGUUUUUGAAAUGGCUGUUAAAACAAUUCGUGAAAGGGGACAUAAAGCAGGAUUAAUUCGUCAAUUCAUUAAAAUAGCUGAAGAUUGUGGUGAAUUUACAAAAGAUUUGGUUGCAAGUAUGCGUGAAUAUAUGAGUAUUUAUGGACUUGAAUUGGAAGAAGAAAUUGAUCAAAUGGAGGUUCCAAAUGAAGAUUUAUUUGAAAUUGACACAAAAAGAAUGGGAAGUGAUGAAAUAAAAAAAGAAGAAGAAAAUAUAGUUAAAGUUGAAAGGAAAAGUGUUUUGGAUGGUUUUAAUCCUGAUGAUCCGGAAAUUAAAAAGGAUUAUGAUUCAAAACCUUUGGAUGAAGUAUUAAAACGUUCAAAAACACAAGAGAAAAAAAUGAGAAAAUCUCAGAAUUCCCAAACAGCAGGGGAAAGUUGGUUUGGAUUGCCUGCUUCUGAAAUGGAUGAAGAAAAACGGAGAGAUUUGGAAUUGAUACAAAUGAGAAAUAUAUUAGAUCCAAAGCAGCAUUACAAGAAAAGUGACAGAAAUGUUUUGCCAAAAUAUUUUCAGAUUGGUCAAAUAGUUGAAUCUAGCGCCGAUUUCUACUCUGCUCGUUUAAAUAAAAAACAACGUAAAAAUACUUUGGCAGAAGAAUUAAUGAAUGAUCACGAAAUUAUUGCUAAAAACAAAAAACAUUAUGCUAAAAUUGUUCAAAAAAGAGAAGCAACAAAAGGUGUUGGAGUAUUUAAAAAGUCUGGGUAUUUACCUAAACAUAAAAAGAAGAGACGGAAAAAUUUUUAA